AUGAGCACCGAUCCAUCACGCAACAACAACCACGCCUCGUCUGCAUACGCCGGCCGUCCAACCGCACAAGAUGAUCUGACCUGGCUCGACUUUCUGCGCUCUGCCGGUGGCACCAUCCGCGAUGACCCUCGUCCGCCGCAACUCGAUAGGACCGAUUCUGCCGAGCGCAAGAGGCGACACACCGGCAGCGAGCCUCAGCAACGCACCCAUCCUUACCCGUACCAGACCUACAACCGCCCGUCAGCCAACCCAAGCUCGCAGCUCGGCAAUAGCGUCGAGACCGCCAUCGAUCUGACAAGCCCACAACGUCCUCCUCCGUCACGUCCGACACAUUCACAUCCAACACAUCCACAUGCAGCACGACCAGCACGACCAGCAGUACGACCAUCGAUUACCAGCAUGCAGGCCAGCACCGCGAGCGGCGGCGCUGCCAGAAGAGAGAGCGAUAUUGUUCUGCCCAAGUGGCAGCCAGAUCAUGAUGCUACCGAGUGCCCGGUCUGCCACACCGAGUUCAGCAUAUUCUACCGAAGACAUCAUUGCAGGAAGUGCGGACGUGUGGUGUGUGCCACUUGCUCGCCGCAUAGGAUCACGAUACCGAGACAGUACAUCGUACAGCCGCCGAAUCCAUUCUACGAGGAUGAAGGCAAUCCGUCCUCGCCUGGCGGACUCAACCCAGCACUGGGAGGAGGCGAGGUGGUCCGUGUUUGCAACCCGUGCGUACCAGAUCCGUGGACUCCAGUUGUCAGUGCAGCUCUGAGUGCUCCCUUACCUCCUGCACCCACCAACGCCGCAACGGGUGCAGCCAACAACGAUGCCUUUCCCGGCAGGUGGGACGGUACGAUUCGAGGGCCAGAACAGCAUCGGCCAGUGAGAUAUCUUGAUGGCAGAAUGGAGCGAAGGGACAGAGCUUCAUCGUUCCAAAAUGCUCCGUGGAACAGGCCGAACACGACCUCUGAACUGCCAGGAGUAUCAAGUUCCUCUGGCGGUCCAAGAUUUGGGCCAGGCUUCCCAGAUGCUCCAUCCAACAGGAGACUCUUGAGCGAGGAGCAACAAAGAUUCACAAUCGCUCAACACAACAGACCUGAUAAUUGGUCCACCUACCAACACGCCCCCUGGUACAGAAGAGAUCCUGACACUGGAAGAUCAGAAAUGGGAGACUUUCACGAUCAAAUUGAUCCUCGUGUUCGACAUCGAUACUCCCAAAGCCGUGUCAGCGGUUCAAGCGUUCCCACGCCGCCAAACCGGCCACCACCUUCACUGCCCAAUCGGCCACCACCGCCACCGCCAGGCCAAGCCGCGCCUCCAACUCGUGCACCGCCUGCUGUACCUCAGGACAGGCCUCGACGAGAAGUCAAGGAGGAAGACGAAUGCCCGGUUUGCGGUACGGAGAUGCCACCCGGCGAGGCUGUCCGUGAAGCGCACAUCCAGGACUGUAUUGCAUCCCGCUUCUCAUCGACACCAAGCCAACAAGCCCGCUCUGCUCCUCCCGCCGCAGACGCCAUCGCAUCAGCACCACCGGCACGGGAGACAGCCUCCAACACGCCGGAAGGAUCUCGUCCGAGGGCGACUAGUUACCGCCCGCGCGGCAUGGCGCUGUACAGAGCAACCGAGAAGGACUGCACGACCGAAGACGGCGAGCCACAAGAGUGCGUCAUUUGCUUCGAAGAGUUUGAAGAGGGAGACGAGAUGGGCAGAAUGGAGUGUCUGUGCAAGUUCCACCGCGCAUGCAUUCGGCAGUGGUGGGAGACGAAAGGACAGGGCAGCUGUCCAACGCAUCAGCUCCAUGAUUGA